AUGAGCCACGGCUUCUGCAGAGCCCGCGCAGAGCGGACGCCCGCGGGGCCGCCCGGCGGGACGCAGCCCGGCCGCUCGGCCGCGCCCCCCGGGCCGGCGCCCCCGCCCGCCGCCGAGGCCCUGCGCGGCGCCGGGCCCUUCCUGCUGUACCCGGGCGCCGCCGACCCCUACGCGGGGGUGUUCCCGUGCCUGCCCUUCCCCGGCGCCCUCGGGGUCUACAACGGCCCCUUCGAGCCCGCCUUCAUCCAGAAGCGCAACGAGCGCGAGCGGCAGCGCGUCCGGUGCGUGAACGCGGGCUACGCGCGCCUCCGCGGCCACCUGCCCGGCGCGCGGGCCGACAAGCGGCUCAUCUAGGUGGAGACGCUGCGCGCCGCCAUCCGCUACAUCAAGCACCUGCAGGGGCUGCUGGGCGCCGCCCCCGACGGCGCACCCCCCCCUCUGGCUGCUCCACCUCCGUGCUGGCUCCACCCCUGGGCUGGCUCCACCCCCCGGGCUGGCUCCACCCCCCGGACUGGCUGCCUGCUCUGCCUCAGACCUGCGCUGGGGAAAGUUGGAGCCCAGCUUCUGCUCUGUCCUCGCCGGGGUCCAUGCAGUCCUGUCCCCCGGUGUCAACCGGGGUCCCCUGGAGGCCAGUCGUACUUGGAUUCUGGAAUAAUAGCGAAGACGGCUGCAGCCUGUCCUGGAUGA